AAGAUAGUAACUCAAGAGCUUGUCUAGGUUAGUCAGUAUCCUUGUACAAUGAGGUGCAUCGUGUUUGUUAUAACAACUUUAAUUGUUCAUCUGUCGGAAGCGACCACUGGUGGUGGUAAAGCUUCAAAGAUCUCGCUGAACGAUGGUAACUCUAUCCCGGCUUUGGGUCUCGGCACCUUCCUCGGGUUCGACGAGAAAGGACAGAAAGAAGUUAAGCCAGGGGACUCGGAGAAGCCGGUUAAAUGGGCUUUAGAAGCAGGAUAUAGAUUAAUCGAUACGGCCGCAUUGUAUUUAAAUGAAGAUCAGAUAGGAGCGGCCGUCCGCGCCUCUGGCAUUCCGAGAGAGGACAUCUUCAUCGUGACUAAGCUACCAAUGGACAAUCAGAGAGACGUGGUGAAACAAUUGGAGAAGUCUUUGGCGAGAUUGAACAUGAGCUACGUCGAUCUGUACUUGAUACACAAUCCAGUUGCUUUUAAUCCUGGAUUCAAAGGUUUCGACAUUGUAGAUUACUUGGACACCUGGAAAGGCAUGGAGGAAGCUAAAAAUCUAGGCCUAGCUAAAUCUAUAGGCAUAUCUAACUUCAACACCACACAAAUAGACAGAAUAUUAGAGAAUGGCCAAAUAAAACCUUCAGUUUUACAAGUGGAAGUGAAUCUACAUCUUGGUCAAGAUAAACUUAUUGACUAUUGCAAACGUAACGGUAUAGUUGUUAUGGCGUUUUCCCCGUUCGGCCCGAUGUUCCACGACAGCUUACCCUCAAUACGCCCCGACGACCCCACGCUCGUGGCCAUUGCCGAAAAACACGGAAAAAGCGUUACACAAAUCGUUCUUCGGUAUUUGAUCCAAAAGGGGGUAGUUCCAAUCCCUAAAUCAGUUAAGAAGAACCGCAUUGAGGAAAACAUUGACGUUUUCGAUUUCAAUUUGUCAUCUGAGGAUAUGAAUAAGAUUGGUACAUUCAACAAGGAGAAACGCACAGUCGGUAUGUCUUUCUGGCAGGAUCAUCCUUACUAUCCGUUCGAGAAGAGUGACCAAGUUCAUGACAAUCCUUUCGAAUCGGCAAAUUGAGAGCACUUAAAAUAAAUGAUAGUUCUUCUUCUUCUUCUUCUUUGUCGCUUCCUCAUUACUGAGGGUCGUGACCACCUUGGUCCAGUUUUUGCACUAGCUUUCUCCAAUGUUGCCUGCAAUCGGCCUGCUUAAUGGCACCCGGGACCUGAUGUUUGUGGCCUCCUUGACAACGUCCGUCCACCUGGUUGGCAAUCUUCCUCGACUUCUCUUUCCUUCCACGUGACCUACAACUAUUAAUUUUUCCAAGUUCUCAGGAUUUUGUCGGGCCACGUGUCCGAAAUACUUGAGGAGACGCUGCAUACAGAUCGUUAUUAUAGUUAUUAUAUUAUAAUUAUUAUAUUAAUAUAUAUAUAACUAGUCAGGUCAUAAAUUCUGUCACAUGUUUAAUGUAAAAUAAUUGAAACAAGUUUAUUCAUUAUGUAACCAUUCGUAUACCAAAAUGAACUUAACAAAACAUAGAUUCUUAUGACACUAAAGUUUAUUCAAAAUGACCUCCGUGAUUUUGAAUACAGGCCUUCAAUCUGCGCGGUCAGUCGUCUACGGUCUUCUUUAAGCGUCCACUCCAUAUUUAAAAGUAGAGUAAAAUUCUAAAAGUAUACAUUUUUAUUUUCAUGAACAAUUCGAAAUUCGAAUUCAAUAAACUUUUUUGUGGCCAGCAUUCUAAAAGUUUUUACUGUGUGAAAAUACUUAUGACCUGACUAGGUAUAUUAAAAUGAUAGUUAUUAAAUUAAUUAAUCUGCGCAGUGAAUUACAAUGUAAACAUAAUUUAACAGCCAAACAGAAUUUCAAACUGUUAGCGAGCGCUUUCAUAGACGCUAACGGUAUACCAUAAAGAUACACCAAUAAAAUAAUAAAAAUGAACACAAACACAAACCAGUUAACACGAUAAGUAUAAUAUGCAAUCUAAAACAAGAGACAAAAGAACAGUUUUUGAUAUUAAUAAAUAAUAGGUACUAAUAAUCCUGGUCAGGAUACUAAUCCCGAAAUUUGUAUGUAUGCUAUCGAUUCUCGAUACGAAUUUUCAAGUUAAUUUCACGUCUCGAAGUUGCCGAAAAUUACCUUGAAACAUUGCGUUAAACAGAUAUAUUGAUACGGGACGAGCUGAUAAUGGCAUGUUAAUUAAUUCAAUCGAUUAAGUGCAAGCUAUGUAAGAUUAUUAAGCAGAUAUUGUCUUUUUAAAUUAAAUUACGAAUCCUGUGCGAAUUUUUCUAUUACAAACCACGAUUUUAUUUUUAUUUUUAUUCCGGAGCUAGGAGAUUUAGUAUUAGGGAAUCGUCUGUUAUAUUCUAAUAGAUUCACUUAUUUGACUAACUUAUUUAAACUAAUCUGAGAUCUUAGAACUCACAUCUCAAGGUGGGUGGCGGCAUUUACGUUGUAGAUGUCUAUGGACUUUAGUAACCACUUGACACCAGGUAAGCUGUGAGCUCGUCCAUCCACCUGAGGAAUAAAAAAUAAAACUGACUUUGAAGCGACACACAUAGUAUUAUUGUCAAGUGUUCCACACCGCUGCCUACCACCUAGUACUGUUUUCAAACAACACUAUGUCAAUCUACCAAGUUGACCGGUACAUCAAUACAUAAUAAUAUGCAUAUUAAGUGUAAUGACUAUGUUAUUAAAUAUUAAUUUUGUUAUCUAUGCUAUUAAAACUGUACUAGCAAAUAUUCUGACAUCCAUGUUAAUGUUGUCAGAGCAAUAAGUAAGCUUGUAUUUCGGAGAAAAACAAAAAUAAAACAAUCGUAUAAAAUUUA